UGUAAAUUACCCUGAUGAAGGAGAAACCGAAUUUUGUGCGGCCAUGAAAUCCGCUGACUUUGAUAACAAACUAUAAAGCGCACACGAGGAUAUGCAAUUGUGAAACUGUGAAAGUGCAAUCAAAUAAAUUACCCAAAAGAAAAGUACCAGCGGAAAGGUCAACCGUGGAAAAUGUGCAUACAAAACUGCGACAACAUCAAAAUCUGCGACACUAACGGCAGCGACCACGACGCCCAAGACAAAGUUGCCGUCGUCGAGGGUGGAGAGAAUAACGUCAUCCAUACAUCCGACCUGCAGUACGAGAACUUUAAAUUAAAAUUGCAAUUGCAGUCCGAGCUGAACAGAAAGAGGCAAAAGCCAGUCAAAGGACACAAAUUGUCAAACUUUAAGAUUCUUAUGUGCUGUUGCUACUUCAUCAUUAUAGUCCUGAUGAUUUGAAGAACUGCAAUUAAAACUACAUACACUUCUACGUCUAAAAACUACAAGCAGACACAAACUGAAUACCACAUGAAACAAUUAUAAUAGAAUGCUACAUACAUAUAUUUUAAUCUCGGCCCAACUCUAAAAGCAGCUACGAAUCAAUCGAUUGGUGUCAGUAAAAUAAUCCAUCAGCUACCUAAAACACGUAUAUGCCAUGCCACGUAUUGUCAUGUAUCUAUCCAAUAGAAGUAGCUGCUAUAUGUUAACGCAAAAUAUUUUCACAUUGAGCUAAAAAGUAUAGUGAGAUGGUGUGCGUGUGUGCAAAGUGAAUUUUUUCAUCAUAUCCAUUGGAAAUUCAGUUUUCAAUUGUGUGCACGUGCCAGAGCCAGGCAAGUGAAAAGCUUUCAGCAAACCAAACAACACAACGCAACCGGUAACACAAUGAUAAUUACCACAAUUCUCCCGCAAUGAAAACGAAAAAUUGAAAACGGCCUCUUGUGGACAGUCACGGCGAAUGGCGCUGUUUAUGAAACAAUUGCUGAAUUAAUCCAUCGCACGCACAUAUCCAUAUCAUUUUGCACACCGCGACAGACAUAGGCACAGACGCAGGCGCGGGCGACAGAAUAUGUUGCGCUUUCUCAAGAAUCGUUAGACAUUGGGUCUGUCCAGAUUUAGUUAUCGUGCUGCGCCCAUCUAUCUACCUAUCCAUACAUACAUAUGUGUAAAUGCUUAGCUGAAUCUGUAUCUCCGUGUAAAGGCUGAAGUGUUCCUUGAAAAUGACUCAAUCAAGGCCGUUCUCCAGAUUACAAUAAUACGUGACACGUCCGGAUCGGAUAGCAUAUGGCCGAGUUACAGCGAAUUUACUAAAAAUCGAUUAAAUACUAGCGUUUAAUUAACUAGCGUCUUUUACGAAAUGGCAUAUCCUUAUUGCCCUUGAUGAUGUCAAAUGGAUGUGCGACCUUUUUCGAAUCACAAGGCGGAGUUUAUUUGUAUUUAUUUUUUAAUUUGUAUUUAUUUUUUAAUAAAUGGCGGAGCUAUAGCAAUAAAACUA